GCCGUUUCGACUCGGAACAUGUUUCACAGUACAACAGAUAAUGACUGGACUAAAUACUGCGUUCACCAUUAUUUAAAAAUUCAAACAUCGUGUGUGUAUGGUUGACUUUAUUGUAACUUGAGUAAGUCUGAUACAUAGGCAACCAGUAUCACAGCAGUGGAGUCUAACCUGAAAAAUAAAAACACACUGCCUAACCUCACUUUUAUCUUACACGGAGUUUUUAAAACACUUUAAAAAAUUAAUUGUUUUUAGUUUAACAUGAAAACCAAGUGGAAACCUAUAGAAAUAGAUGGAAAUUUAUUUUCCGGCGGUGUGGAAGGUUUAGUUGGUAUAGAAGAAUGUACAGACUAUGAUUUGAAAGAUAUUCCACGAAAUACAAAACGUAAACAACCGCAAGAACCUCCCGAAGUCAAAAAGAAAAAGAAGAAAACCGCGAAUAAGCAAAAUAAAAGCAACAAUCAUGAACCUGAUUGCGAAACAAUUUCACCAUCUAAAUGUGGCCAAACGAAUCAAGGUUUUGAUGAAGCUUUUGAAAGUAACAGCGCCCCUCUAGAUGAACUAAAAGCUGUAGAAGCCUGGGAAGGAUUUGGUAUUCCAAAGCCUAUUCUUACUGCUUUAUCAGAAUUGAAUUUUCAGCAGCCGACUCCUAUACAGUCACUAACUUUUCCAUCAGCGAUAUUAGGUCGUUGUGAUAUUCUUGGCGCUGCUGAAACUGGUAGCGGUAAAACACUUGCUUUUGGCAUUCCUAUGUUAACAGGAAUCUUAAAAAUAAAGGAGAAUGAAGGCAGUGCUGAAGAUAGGGUAGUUGAUUCAGAUUCAGAAUUAGAAGAGGAAGAUCUCAAUGAAGACGAUGGUAAAUAAUAAUUCCUUAAUUGAUAACUUUAGAUACAAUACAUGAUUUUCAAUUACUUUUUUUGGUUUUUCUGAUUGUUUCUCUAGAAACUGGCUGCGUUAAAGUGAUCAACAACAUAGAAAUGAGCAAAAGUCAGUAUACAAAACCUCUUUAUGCUCUGAUACUGACACCGACAAGAGAGCUAGCCAUGCAGGUGAAGAAUCAUCUGGAAGCUGUAGCAAAAUAUACAGGUUUACACAUUGCUUUAGUGGUUGGAGGCCUGGCAGCAGUUAAACAAGAAAGAAUUUUGAGCAAAGGGCCUGAGAUAGUUGUUGGCACACCUGGACGUCUGUGGGAACUGGUGCAGAAUGGUAAUUCUCAUCUGGCACAGAUCAACAAUGUGAGAUUUCUGGCUAUCGAUGAGGCAGACAGAAUGCUGGAAGCGGGCCAUUUUCAAGAGCUCCAAAGCAUACUGGAACGUAUCAAUACAGAUGACGCCGCUAAGAAACGACGGCAAAAUUUUGUAUUUUCUGCCACGCUCACAUUGGUACACGAACUUCCGGCACAUUUGAAAUACAAGAAGUCCAAGAAAAUUCAGGAGAUGACUGCCCCACAGAAAUUGAAGAAAAUCGUUGACAUACUCGGAGUGACCAGCCCAAAAGUCGUGGAUAUCUCCGAAGGAAAGGGAACAUCGUCUACGUUGACAGAAUGCAAAAUAACGUGUAGUAUGCAAGAAAAAGAUUAUUACGUGUACUAUUUUCUGAAGAGGCAUCCUGGCAAAACUAUUAUCUUUUGCAAUUCGAUCGGUUGCGUGAAAAGACUUGCAACAUUGCUGAACUUGCUGGACUUCCAUCCUCUACCUCUUCAUGCUUGUAUGCAACAAAGACAGAGGCUAAAGAAUUUGGAAAAGUUUAAAGAUACACCAGAUAGUCUACUGAUAGCUACAGAUGUAGCUGCUAGAGGUCUGGAUAUUCCAAGCGCGGAUCAUAUUUUGCAUUACCAAACUCCAAGGACAAGCGAAUUGUAUGUCCAUAGGUCAGGUCGGACGGCUCGUUUAUACAGAGAUGGAAUUACGGUUCUAAUCAUAUCGCCGGAUGAACUGCAAAAUUAUGUUAGACUCUGCAGAACCUUGGGAAAAAGUGAAGAUUUGCCGAUAUUCCCAGUUCAACAAAACUACCUGAAUAACGUGAAACAACGAGUAAACUUAGCUAGGGAAUUAGAUCAUCUACAGUUGCAGGUACAGAAAGCAAACUCAGAAGAGGGAUGGUAUCAGAAAGCAGCUAGGGAUAUGGACAUUAUAGUUGAUGACGAUACAAAAAAAUACAACACCAAGGAGGCAGAUAAGUUCAAAAAGAUCAUAGUGACGAAAAGAAAACAGCUGACGGCAAUGUUAAACAUACCGAUUUUCCCACGAGGUUUCAGUGGCAAGUAUCCUUUAGGGCCUGAAAUGAACGUCCACGACGUUCAGAAAGAAGAAAAUGCGAUAGAAGUUAUGAAAAACGCAAUCGCGAACGAUACAAAGAGUGGAAACAAGAAAAAGAAGAGAAUCGUUCCUUUAUUCAAAAAUAGGAAGACGUCAAAAGAGACCAAGGAGAAUCUUGGAAUCAGCUACAAAUUAUCGAAGAACAUACGCGUUCCAGGAAAGAAAGGAGCGCCAGGUGCAAGAAAUAAACGAAGAAAGUCAAGGAAAAGAUAGUUUUGUAUGAGAUUUGUUUUAUUCAAUAAAUAUGUCUUAAUCGUU